AUGGCAACUGAGAAUCCUAUUAAGAUGUCUGGGAGCAAUGAAAGAUGGUCUAAUUCUAGGCCGCUUUCUGUUCCUGAUCGAAGUGGAAGUGCGCCACCAAGCAUUGAGGGAUCUUUUCUAGCUGUAGAUAAUCUAGAAGGCUCUGGUCAUAACAACAACUUGAAGCUACCAGGUUUUCAAAACAACGGGUUUGAGGAGCCUGUGACUGCUCAUCCUUUUUAUUCGACUAAAUACAACCUUAACCGCAUACCUUCUCCACCGAUUUAUUACCCUACUGAGUAUCAGUUCAUCGACAACCGUGUUGGUAGAUUUAGAAGUAAUCAGGGAUUGAAUAAAGUUAAUUCCCCAAUUCAUUUGCCCCAAGGUACACUUUCUACUCAUAAGGAAGUGUCUGAGGAUGAAAGCUCUCAACAGCAGUCUGCUAACAGUAUUUCAGAUAGGACAAAUGGGCUGGACAAUGGUCUUUCGCCUGUUUCUCAUGGUUUGGCAGAUGUCAGUCAGGAUGAUAGUUCUUCUGGGCCGACCCCUCAACAUAGUCGGUCUAACUCUUUAAAUGGUGAGAUGAACAUUGCGGAUGAGCGUGGUAACUUCUCGGAGAUAUCAGAUGAUGUCAUAGUUAAAGAUAAUGCUGCUCCAAUGACGGAAGCUUCCAUUGGCAUUGAGAAGAGUUCCGAUGAAUCGACUAUCAUCUCUAAAAUGAAGAUUACUAACAUAUCUGGACCUGAAAUGGUUAACUACCCCCGAGAACCGAGGUAUGCAAGGCCAGAAAGGCAGCUGCAUCAACAACAAAACAAUGUAACCUGGGUCCAAGGUGGCAGCAAAAUGGGUUCUCAUGGUGUAAACGAUGCAGUUACUGGGACUGGACAAUAUCAUUAUGGACAACCUUACAAGUUCUUGGGUGAUGGUCAGCCUGUGCUUCAGUCUUCAGGUUUUACGUCACCUCCGCUUUACGCUGCUACGCAAACGGCUUAUGUGACUUCACCAGCUCAUGUCUAUAACAUGCAGUCUCCUGCUGUUUACUCUCCUCAAUAUGGUUAUGGAUCAUACACUAACAUGACCCCUCAGUUUAUACAUGGAUACCCUUCUCCUGGUUCUGUUCCGCUUAUGGCCGGUCCAAACUUUAUUCCUCAAUUAUCUAGCCCAAGUGUGGGAAGUGUAGUUCACGGAGGUGAAAUGCAGAGUGCCGAGAAGUUCUAUGUUCCACCGGGACAACCUUCUUUUCCAGAUCCUAUGUAUAUGCAGUACUGUCAACAGUUAUUCGGGCAGGUAGACCAGAUGGCUCCUAGGAACCACAGGAAUGCUCCCGAGUCUCAGAAAGAUGAGACGAAGUUCUUGCGACAAGUAAGGGGGCCGAGUAACUCUAAUAUGGGUAGAAUGAUGGGUCUUAAUUAUUAUGGAAUCCAGCCAUAUAUGGGCAUUAUGGUGCAGUAUCUGCCUACACAUCUCAGUGCUCCUCUUUCACCAGGCUCUGUUCCCUAUGUAGAGAGAUAUCCUGGAUGGCAGCAACAGGGAAGCUUGGAAGGUGCCAAUGUUCCGCGAUUGUGCAAUUUUCUUGAAGAGUUGAAAUCUGGGAAAGGCAGGAGGUUUGAUUUAUCCGACAUCACAGGACACAUUGUUGAAUUCAGUGCGGAUCAACACGGGAGCCGAUUCAUUCAGCAAAAGAUUGAGAAUUGUAAUCCAGAAGAAAAAGCAGCUGUAUUUAGGGAAGUCCUUCCCCAUGCGUGCACACUAAUGACUGAUGUGUUUGGCAAUUAUGUCAUUCAGAAGUUUUUCGAAUAUGGAAACUCAACACAGAGAAAGGAACUAGCGGAUCAACUCAUGGGACAAAUAGUACCACUUAGUCUGCAGAUGUAUGGUUGUCGCGUGAUACAAAAGGCUCUUGAUGUCAUAGAACCUGAUCAAAGAGUUCGUUUAGCACGUGAACUUGAUGGGCAGGUCAUAAGAUGUGUUCGAGACCAAAAUGGAAACCAUGUGAUCCAGAAAUGUAUCGAGAAUAUCCCGGUAGACAGAAUUGGGUUCAUGUUAUCUGCAUUCCGUCGUCAAGUUUCCUCACUCUCUAUGCAUCCUUAUGGCUGCCGUGUUAUACAGAGGCUUUUGGAGCGUUGCUCAACUGAGUAUCAGUGUCGGUUCAUUACUGACGAGAUACUGGAAUCAGUAUGCCUCCUUUCCAAGGACCAAUAUGGCAAUUAUGUUACUCAGCAUGUCUUGGAGAAAGGGACAUCUGAAGAAAGAGAGAGAAUCGUGAGGAAACUAUCAGGGCACAUCGUGCAGCUUAGCCUACAUAAAUUUGCAUCAAAUGUUAUAGAGAAGUGUCUGGAGUAUGGUGGUCGAAUUGAGCGGGACCUCAUCAUCAAAGAGAUUGCAGGGGUCAACGAGAGCUAUGAUAGUCUAUUGACGAUGAUGAAGGAUCAGUAUGGAAACUAUGUGGUGCAGAAGAUAUUUGAGACAUGUACGGUUGAUCAGCGUGCGACAUUGUGCAGCCGAGUCAGAAUGCAUGCAUCUGCGUUGAAGAAAUACACAUAUGGGAAACAUAUUGUUACUCGUUUGGAACAGCCCUUUGGUGAAGGUACUAAAUUUCCUCAAGUUUGA